AUGUUUACGGCAGAAGAUUUGUGCAGAAAAGGAUUCUAUGGCGUACCAAUAGAAGAAAUCAGCAAAAAUGAGAUAAACCAGAUAGUUGGAGCAGGAAAGGGAGAAAUAGUCACGGGCGAGUCGGUUGCUGCAGUGAAAGAGAACUUGGACCCAACUCUCUUCAGAGCUCCCUCGGGAGAAGAGAAUGGCCUUUUUAUCCGCCCAACAAACAAAGAGUUCACAGAAUAUGCCACAAAAGGGCGGCUGAAGUUCAACUGUCCGGAAUACUACUUCAUAUUUCACGAGCUGAUCACGAAUAAAGACCCGAUUGACUGCAAUGUCGUAAGGAGCAAGCUAAAGGUAGGAGCAAAGUCUUUCUUCUACUUCAUCAAGAAACUGUGCGGUGCAGGUUUAGUCAAAAAAGAAGAAAAUAAAAUAUUUUUAACAAAUAACCCGGUGAUAAGCAACAAUCAGAUGAAAGAGUGCUCUGUACCAAAAGAAUGGCUGCGGAAUGUGCCGAUAUACAGCCAAAUAGUAGGGCUUCUGCACAGAGAGGAGGGAGUGACCACACAAGACAUCAAGGAGUAUCUGGGCAUGAGCAAUAAAAAGGCAAAUAUAGCACUAAGACACGUACUGACAGGAUGCACAGAGAUAAAAACAGUAACAGAGUUUGAAGGAAAGAUACGGCGGAGCAGGUACAUCCUAAACACGCACUACGAAAAACAGAAAGAGUCAUUCGGGGCAAAUCCAGGCACAGAUAAGAACAAAAAACAAAGCGACUCGAUAAACACCGAGAUAAGGACAAAAGUAAUAGAAGAUCUGGUGGCAAGAGAGAAGGCAAUAGUGUACAACCAGUACUUCCACAGGAGCAUAUCAGAAAUCCUUGGGAGCAAACACACGAUAGACAAGAACACGGUCAUAAGGACAGCAAAUGCGUCAAAAGUGAUCAACUUGGUGCAGGUGUACAUAAAGUACCCAACCAAAACAAUCACAAGGAACGUGUUCAAAGUAGUAGGAAUAUCGGACACAGACCCAGCCGUUAUAAGAUCGAUACAGAACGAAGGCUACAAAAGGUUCAGCAUAAUCACAAAGAAUGGCGUAGUGGACUACCACUUUGAAAGCAAAGAAGACUCUGAAGACAGAGAAGAGAAAGAAGAAAGCGAAGAGUACC